AUGGUCCCCAAAGUGCUUGUCCUUGCCGGUACCGCUGGCACUGGUAAAAGUUCUGUCGCUGCCAUACUGCUGAAGCACUACACUGAGGACUAUCCAGAGCUUGAGUUCUUGGAAGGAGAUUUACUGCACCCCGAGUCCAAUGUUCUUAAAAUGAAAGAGGGAAUCCCGCUGCAGGAUGACGAUAGGUGGGAUUGGCUAAGACAGGUCUCCAAACAGUCCAGCGAGUCUGCUCAAAAGCAUGGUUUGUGUAUAGUAACCUGCUCAAGCCUGAAGAAAAAGUAUAGGGAGCUCAUAAGAACCACCAGUCCAGAAGCUAAUUUCUAUUUUCUUUUCUUAUACGCCCAGAAAGCCGUGAUAUUGCAGAGAUUGGAAUCAAGAGAGGGUCAUUUUAUGAAGGCGAACAUGAUGCAGUCACAAUUCAGAGAUCUCGAGCUACCAAACUGUGCUGAAGAGUCACAUUGUAAAAUUGUCCACGUUGAUGGCAAGAAUUUCGAUCAAGUGGAGAAAGAAGUGUUAAAAGACGUGCAGGAGCUAUUCUCCAGUUAG